GUUUGGGGUCCCAGUAAAGAAAUUUGGCAUAUUGUCGAAUCGACGUUGACUUUGGACAAGCUACCGGAUUACCAUGAAUUUGAAACAGUACUGAAAAAAUAUAAACCUCAGUUGUUAUCUCUCUUCUCCUCAACGGUUAACCGAAAAAAUAUCAAAGAACAUGGCGCUACUUCUGGCAUUCAAGUCUAUGGCGAACCAGUUCCACGCAUUUUCAGUCAGUCUUUCAUCGAAGAAGCUCUUAAUUUAAGCGAUAUUUUAGAUUUAAACGAAUAUGCUUCCAUGGAGUUACUCUUAGCUAGUGAACAUCAGAAACCACGUUUUCCUGGAUUACAACGUUUACCUUUAGCUAUAAUACUGUAUUACGAUGGUUGCCGCUGUCUUUCCUAUUCUUUACGAUCGCUCAUUCAAUGGAGAUUUGAUGGCUCUAAUGACUCUGAUCUGGGUGAAGAAUUUAUCCAAUUAGUUGCUAAAUAUACUAAUGAUCUUAUGGAUGAAGGAAUAACUGCUAAAAUAAUGGAUUCCCUUAAAACUUUAAACAUCGAUAAUAUCAUUACCAAAAUUCUAACAGAUCAAUCAACGCAAACUAUCAAAUAUAGACUACAACUUAUUGGUAUCCUUGAAGAAUAUACCAUAUCGCUAGCUGAAUGCUUGUUUAUAUGGUCUUUCUAUAAGCCAUUAUCUAAGAAUGAUUCCUUGAAGAUGAUAGAAUAUGUAAGAAAUUAUAAACCAAGGACUACUGAUGAUACCUUGAACGCAGUAGAUGUAUUCAUGUUAGCAACGACUCUAAAUUGUAUCGAUUUUGAAGCAUUCGGUACCGGUGAAAAUGAGAAUAUCCCUUCUGAUACUUCUCAUCCACUUGUUAACGAUGCAACAUUUUUACCUGAAAUGCACGCACUACUUAGUGCUAGUGCAAGUUGGGAAGAUGAAGGUCUAAGAGGAGUUAUUCUAAUGGCGUGGUCUCUAGUUUUACGUGUCUGCUCUCAGCAGACUACUAUCAACCUAGACAACCCUGAAAUAUUGGAAGACGACGAAGUCAUUAUGGAGUAUGCAGUACGCAUCGGAGCUCUCCGCUUUUUGCGUCAUAAAGUUAUCAAAUCGAAAGCUUUUUAUAAUGAGGAAUUUCUUGUCAGACGGAUACAUUCUCUAAUUACUGGUAUCAUCAUUCUUAUGCCAUUAAAGAUCAAGGAAUUUAGAAAUGGAGCCGAUGAAAGUGCUAGAAUCCAGCAAGCUACUAUACAAGAAGGAAAUAGAGAACCGACUGAUUUAAGAACGGAAUUUUCCGACUUUCUUUAUUUGAUUGGUGAAUUGUACAAGACAGAUCCCCUUAAUUUACAACUCAAUUUAGAAUAUUGGUGUCAAACAGAUAUCGGAACAACUUAUGGAGCUACCUCGAUGGGUGUUAGCUAUCGCGGUAGACCUUCCUAUCGACAAGUCAACCUCUUCAAAUUUGUUAGACUCGCGGGCGAUUUACUACCGGCUUUCCUGUACGUCCCAUACGUUGAAAUGUUAAUGGGCUUAGCUACUGGACCACAAGCUGCUUAUUUUUGUUACCUUUUACUGAAAAGUAAUAGUUCAGGCCAUGGAGGUGGAGCUUCUGUAUCGUGGGAUCAUGUAUUUUACUCCUUUAAAAGCUAUUAUGUCAGUUUAAAUGAAUCUGUAUCACGAUCAGUAUCCAGUCAAUCACAGCAGAUUCAUCAAAUUACUCCUGAAGAACUGGCAGGUCUUGAAGCGAUAUUACGCUUAAUGCAGCGUAUAAUUGGACAAGAUGAAACAGCUCGUAUGGCUUUAUACGAAAAUCAACAUUACAUGCCUAUGCCAGUAUUAUUCGGCCUACUGAGCUGCGUAGUUCCGUUUACAUUAAAAGCAGAAAUACUACUUACUUUAGCAGGUUUUGCUAAAUCUCAGGAAAUUGCUCCUAGUGUAUGGCAAUACCUGGAAUCUUCUCAAAUCAUACGUACGAAUUCAAAUGAGAAUCGUAAAACUGGUAUAGAGGCUGAAUUAGUCGAGAUUGAAUCAAAGCAUGAAACCUAUCCUGAAACCAGAGCUUUCAUAACUUUAUUGGACAAUUUAACAGAUGCCUACUAUCCAUCCACUUUCACUAUCAGUGCUAGAGAACCAGGCUUUCAGCCAUACCUAAACUUUCUUUUGGAAGAUGUCUUCUUAAAAUUUAGUACUAGGCAGUACCGCGAUGCUAGUGAAAAGUGGCAAGUAGCCAGUCUUGUGUUGAAACUAUUUGAAAAAUUCAUGCGAAAUUAUGAACCAGCCCCCGAGUUCUUCUUGGAAAAUCAAUCCGACAGCACAGUUACGCAAACUGGCCCUGUAGUUAAGCCGCCUGGCCACGAACUAUUUUUAAGAAUGUUACAGCCAACUCCUAUGUUAAAACUGGUUUUAUCGGUAACCUAUACUGCUGGUACAGGACUUGAUGAACUUGCUUCCAGCACUUCUGGAAGAAAUUAUUUGGAGGAAGCUGCCCUCUAUGCUUUACGGUUAAUGGAGUUGAGCUUACAUCUGGAAAAGCAGCUAUUUCGAAUACUCCGUGCAUACGAUAUAUCAUUAGUUGUUACUCCAUUAAGUGCAUUGUUGCUAGAUGUUAAUCCGCAUACUCGUAGCACGGAUCAUUUAUUGUAUAUUGCCAGAUUUCUGACGCACGGGAAUACAAAUCCUAAUUUAGCUUUAUCAGCUGUUAAUAUAUUAUACCAUAUGUGUCGUUCAUCUAUGUUGCAAUCAGAUAUCAUUACCGUCCUGACCAAUACGCCGGAAAUUGCACUUGAAAUUAUGAAAGGCUUUGUGGAACACUUAGAAACGCUCUAUAACGAACCGAAUUUCUUGCAAGAUCUUGAUCAAGAAUACAUUGAGAAAGAUACGACUCAGACCCAUACCGCUGUGAGCGAAAGCAUCCUUGAACUUUUACUUUACUGUCUAGAUCUACCUGCGCCUAGUUUGGCUCAUUUUCUAUUAGGUUAUGAUGUUCGUAAAUCUGUUUCCAAAACAAUUCUACAAGACCCAGGAAUUUUAGGCACUCCUCAUACAUGUCUACAUGCAAUCUUGACCAUUCUACAAAGAAAUCUGGACAACGGUUUUAGGGAACCUCCACAAAUUGUUGAACAGUGUUACCAUGUCAUUUAUAAAUUAUGUUCAUCGACAGAAACUUGCAAUGCAACUAUACGAUACUUGAGAAACAACCACGAAUUCUUCACUAAGCACUUGUAUAGGAUGCCUUUUGCCAACGACCCAUUCAAAGUCAUCGUGUUAUUACAACAAUCUUGGCUACUGAAAUGUAUUGCUCUUGAAUUACAAUCUACGUCUUUAAACCGUCAAAGAUCUGAUACUCAGAACCUCGUUGAAUUAUUGGUCAGUUCAUCUAAUAUCACUGAAGAUGAUGUUGGCAGUAUAAGUACAGCACUACAAAGCAAGACCUUCAUUAGUGAAUUUUCUUGUUUUGACGCUGGUAGAACAACUCAUCAGAAGAAAAUUAGGCUAUUUUGUUUACUGGACUGUAUCAAUGUGAAGCAGGAUAUGCAAGCUGACCUGCAAUUAGAAUUUUUCGAUCCAACAGCGCUGGAUCAAGCCGUGCAAUCAUGCCAACAAGUUUGGCGUCAAAAUAACGCCAAAAUUUGUAAUAUUAACUUUUUUCGACGAAUUUUACAGGAAGAAGUCAACAAUAUCCUAAGUAAAGCUACUAUCGACAAGGAACGAUUGAAUAAUGAAAUCCAAGCUUUACUGAAACAUGUUGUUCUCAUGAAUAAGAGGCAGUGUGCUCUGUAUGCCAAAUUACAAGCAUUUGAAGCCUGGCAAGAAGUAGUUGAAGUAAUAUUUGGAGCCUGCCCAUUCGAUCUUUUUCAACCUAAAAUGCGUGAAGAUUUAUUAUUGCGAUUACUGCAGGAGAUACUUGAUCGGUGUUGUAGAGAUGGUGCAAUGCUGGAAAUUCAAGCCCCAGCUGCUGGCGUUGUCUUGGCCCUAAUGGCACAAUUUCGUAAAUUAGCUUCAUUUAGGAUGAGGGAUACUCCAGUUGGUUUAGAAUCUUCUAUUAAUAGUAAAGCUGGUAAAUAUAAGAAAACAGUAAGCCUAGCGAAUGGAUCAAUCAUGACUAAUAUUUUAAAAGGCAUUCUUGACUUUAUCCUUCGUUCAAGUGGUAAACAGCAAAGAGUUCGCAUGAAUUUAUACGUUGCCCUUCUACAUUACCUUCAAAUAUCAUUGGAAGCAUCGAAAUCUUCAGAUUCCAAGAGAAACGGAAAUGACGAUAUGUCGGUUCUGUACAGUUACGGAGAUAUUAUAAUGGAUGUCAUUUGUCGGGAUGCGUGCGAUGCUCCUGACAUAGGAAUGACCCUGGCGUUUACUGUACUGGACGUUAUUGUUUCAAUGGACUGGCAGAAACGUUGGAUUGAUUACCUCGAUGUAAAAGGAUAUUUACGGCAUUUUAUUGAAGGCGUCGUGCGAAGUGAUGAAAUUCUUCAGACACUAACCGUAUCAACUCCGAUUUCAAUGAAACCUUUAUACAUAUAUGAAUCUAAAAUGGCUCUUCUCGCACGAAUUGCUUCGUAUGAACGCGGCGCUGAAGCAAUUUUGCGCUCGGGAAUAAUACCAAUGCUCACAGAAUGUAAAUUCUAUACCACUAAACCCCCUGAGCAAACCGCAGAUGAUGAUGAAUUUUUUACACCGGACGCUGUUGACAGACAUCGUCAGAUGUUAUUUCCUAUAUUGGAAAUUAUUCUAUCAAUCUUCUCGUCGUUGGGCUCCAAACAUCGUGAAGCUUAUUCACAGGUAUUCCAGCGACAUCACUGA